CCUCUUUUACCUGUACAGCAUUCAGCAGAACAGUUCUGACAAAGCUCCACCCUUCACCUAACUCACCUGAAACAAACCAGGAAACAGUUUGUUCUCCUUACUCACUACAGAGAGAUGCAGACUGAAAAGCAGACGUUUACAUUCACCUUCAGACCAAGCUAACAACUUCCUCUGAGUUCAGUUACAGGAGAGAAAAGUAGAAAACUACUGCUUCAACCUGCCAUUUCAACACUGUCAAUAUGAAGAUCGCAGCUUUCAAUGUCAAGAAAAUGGGAUGGAAAAAAGUCAACAACAACUUUGUGCGGACAAAUCUUAUCAAGAUUGUGUCUCGGUACAGCGUGGUGGUGAUGCUGGAGGUGGUGGAUCAAAGUGGCAAGGCCAUGCGUAAGUUCCUCACUGAACUGAAAAAAAAGAACAAACGUCAUCCAUACGCUAUGAAGUGCAGUGAAUCUCUGGGACGAAGCUCCUACAAGGAGAAGUUUGUCUUCUUCUACAGACAGGAUGAAGUGAGUGAGAUCAACGCCUACCAGUACAAAGAAGGUCAUAAAGAUGUGCUCGCUAGAGAGCCCUUCAUUCUGAAGCUCAAGUGUCCAAAUACAGUUGUGCAGAACUUGGUGCUGAUCCCAGUCCACACCAAACCAGAGGAUACGCCAAGAGAGCUGGACGCUCUGCAUGAUGUUGUCAAAGCUGUGAAGAAAAGAUGGAGCACGGAUAACAUUAUGAUUUUGGGGGACUUUAAUGCAGACGGGCAUUACCUCUCCGAGAAGAAGAAGAAAAAGAUCCGCAUCUGCUACCAUCCGUACCAUUGGCUGAUAGCUGAUGAUGUCGACACCACGACAAGUCACUCUAAUGACCACACCUAUGACAGGAUCGUGGUGUUUGGUGAUGACAUGUAUAAAGCUGUUGUUCCCAACUCAGCAAAGUCUUUCGACUUUCAGAACGCUUAUAACCUGUCUGAUGCCAAAACUCAAGACAUCAGUGACCAUUACCCUGUGGAGGUGGAGCUGAAGAAGCUGGACGGGGAUGAUGACGAUGAUGACGAUGACGAUGAGGAAGAAGAAGAGGAUUAACAUCAAACAGAUGAGCCCAGAAGACACCCAACAAGAAGAACGUCAGAGAAGGAAGGAUGUCCCUACAGCUGCAACGAUAACCUCAAGAUGAUGACACAUACGCAGAUGCAUGGCAGAGCACAUUAGCCUAAACACAUACAGCAUUAUAUCACUACUUACUUAUAAUCAUCCUCAUAUUGCUUAUGGCUUUGGAUUUGUAUUAUCUGAAAUAAACUAUUCAUGAAAAGGUU